AUGCGAGAUGAGACUGGAAGUAUAAUUGGAGUUUGGAAAAAGUUUUUGGAAGAUGAAUGUGAGUAUGUUAAUGGAGGAAGAAGUGAAAGAAGAAUAUAAAUUGAAGUAUCAAUAUUGGAAAACAUGUAAAAAUAAGUUUGACUGUAUUCUUGAAUGGUGGGAAUGGGUGAAAGUAAAAACCAAAACACUUUUUAUUAGGUAUGGAUGGAAAAAAGCUAGGAUGGAUAGAGAAAGUUUAGAUAAUUGGAGAAAGAGGAUUGAGUAUUUGUGUAAACAGAGUUUGGUUGGAUGGUUGAUUAAGAAUUGGAAUGUGCAAGAGAAAACAGGAACAAAUGCUUGGAAGAGAUAGGUAAGAAAAUCGUGUUUGCUGCUAGAUUGAAUGUGUUGGAGAAAGAUGAAAAAUGUUCUAGAUUCUUUUUUAAAAAAGCUUAUGAAAGUAGGAAAGGUAUGGAAGGCAUAUUUAAUAAUGAAGGGGUGGUGAUUGAAAAUAGAAAGGAUAUGCUAAAUGAAGUAAAAGGUUUUUAUGAAGAAUUAUAUAAAGAGAAAAAGAGAAAUGGGUGUAAUGUUAAUGAGGUGUUGAAUGGCAUUGUAAAAAGCGUAAAAGAGGAUGAUUGUGAGUGGUUAGUGAGGGAUGUGAAUGAGGUUGAAUUACAUGAAACUAUUUUAAAUUUUAAGUUGAAUAAAACGCCGGGAUGUGAUGGUUUGCCGAUUGAAUUUUAUAGAUUGUGUUGGGAUGUGAUUGUGGAUGAAUUUUUACAAGUAUGCAAAUAUGUGUUGAGUGAAGGUGUUAUGUCUGAAUCUAUGAAGAAGGGGGUGAUUGUGUUAAUUUUUAAGAAAGGUGAAAAGUUUAAGAAAUUGGAGACCUAUAACAUUGUUAAGCGUUGAUUAUAAAAUUGUGGCAAAAUUGAUGGCAAAUAGAUUGAAAAGAGUGAUUGAAGGGAUGGUAGGUGAGGAGCAAGUGUGUACUGUGCCAGGGAGACAAAUUGCUGAGUGUUUGAUAGGUAUAAGAGAUGUUUUAUGGUUCUGUAAGGUGAGAAACCAAGAGGUAGCAAUUGCGACGAUUGAUUUCGAAAAAGCUUAUGACAGAGUUGCGCAUUAUUUUAUGUUUGAGAUAUUGAUGAGAAUGGGAUUGCCUUUGAAAUUAGUGGAUUGGAUAAAAUGUCUAUAUAAGGGAAUUGUGAGUGUUGUACAAGUGAAUGGAUGGAUGACAGAAAGUUUUAAAGUAUGUUCUGGAGUGAGACAGGGGUGUCCUUUGUCACCUAUAAUUUUUAUAUGUGUGAUUGAACCUUUAUUAAGAAAUAUAAUGAAUGAUAAAGUUGUGAAAGGUAUAGAAAUUCUGGGGAGUUAUGCAAAGUGUAUGAAAGUUAUUGGUUAUAUGGAUGAUGUUACGGUUAUAUGUAAGACGCAAGCAAGUUUGAGAAGAGUAAAAUUGUUAGUUGAAAUUUUUUGUAUGGUGAGUGGUUUUAGAGUCAAUUGGAAUAAAUGUGCAUGUAAGGCAUUUGGGUAUUGGAGAGAGUUGGAGUUAUGUGGAUGGCCGGUGGAGGAGGGUGAAAUUGAGGUAUUGGGUGUAAAGUUUGAUGAUUUAAAAGGAAAAGAAAGUUGGAAGAAAGUGAUGAAUUGUGUAAAUCAAAAAGUUGGGUUGUGGAAUGAUAGAAUGUCUUUUGAAGGGAAAGUUUUGAUAAUUAAAUCUAUUUUAAUUCCUAUUAUGUUAUAUUUAUGUUUUGUGUUUCCCCCUAGUGAAAAAGUUUUGAGAAAGAUAAAUAGAAAUUUUUUUUUUUUUUUUUGGAGUAGUAGAAUGGAGAGAUUGAGUAGGGUAAAAGUGAUGAGAAAACGAGUGAAUGGGGGUAUGAAUGUUCCUGAUAUUGAAAGAUUUUUGUUAAUACAUUAUGUUAGAAUAUGUGUGAAAAUUUGUAAGAAAGAAAGUUUAGUUGCUUGCAUGUUGAAAUAUGCUGCUGGGAUGAGUUUGCAAAAGUAUGAGUUGCAUGUUAUUGAUCGGAAGAAACCGACCUGUUUCAAAGUUCCGUGGUUUUAUAAAAAGAUUGAAGUGUGUAUAUGUAAGUAUGAAUUGCAGAGUGUAUCUAGUGAAGAUUGGUGUAAAAGAAAACAUGUUUUUAAUAUAUUGGAUGAUAAAGAGAAUGUAAUAGGUAUUGCUGGUUUGACUGAACAACAGAGUAUAGGGGUAUGGAAAAAACUGGAUAGAAUUGAAAUUUUGAAUAGACCGAGAGAUAUUGCGUGGAUGGCGGUUCAGAAUUGUUUGACUACUAGAGAGUUUCAGUAUGGAAGACGGUUAGCUAGGUCUGAAGUGUGUCCAAGAGAAGGUUGUGGAAGUAGAGAGAGUAGUGCGUGUAUUUUGGAAUUGUGAAUUUGUAAGAGGUGAUGAAGAGAUUGCUAAAAUUGGUUGUUGGUUUGACUGGUGUUCCUGUUUUCUCUUUUGAUGUGUUGUUGUUUGGUAUGUGUAAUUUGGAUAAAGUGAAAGAAAGAGUGUUAUGGAUUAUGAUGGCAUGUAUAAAAGAAACUGUAUGGGAUGUGAGGAAUUUGUUAGUAUUUAAAAAAGAAUGUUUGACAGUGGAUGCAUGUAUAAGAAUGAUUAGAGGUAAAAUGUUGUUGUACUUUUUGAAGGAUGUAAGAAAACAUGGGGAGUUGGAUGCGGAGGGGGUAUGGAAAACGAAAAAAUGGUGUGCGUAGACUGAUAUUGGUGGUGGGUAUAUUGCAUUAAAAUUUUUUGAUUUAAUAAAAAGGGAAAGAAAAAAAAAUAAAUGGUAGGAAGAGAUGAUUUUUGAUUCUAUGUAAAUAAAAUGUAAAUUUUGUAUUUCUGUUUAGGUUAAGAAGAAAAUCUUAAAUGGUGGGUUGUGGGUUUAAGAAGGAAAAGUGGUGGGUAUUGGUAAGGUUGGGUGGCGGGUUGUGUGGCAAUAUGUGUAUAUAUUGUAUAAAAUAUAUUUAAAAAAAAAAUUUGGGGGGUAAGUAUGAAUGAAUGUGUUAAAUAUUGAUGGGGUAAGUAAUUUGCUGUGUAGAGUUGAAAUGGUGGGAGGUUUGCUGUGGUUUUUGGAGAAAGGUGGUGGGGUUUGCUGUGUAUAAUUGUAUGAUUUAUUAAUUUUAUUGCAAAGAAUCAUGAGGAUGUUACUUGUGAGGUUCCUUGAAUUUCAUCUGGAGGAAAUGCUCUGUGACUGAGUGGUUAAGAAAAAAAAAAAAAUCAAACAAAUCUGUUCUUAUCAGUUUAAUAUCUGAUACGUCCCCUAUCUGGGGACCAUAUAUUAAAUGGAUUUUUGGGACAGGGAGAUGAAAGAAGAGCUUGCUCUGUCCACUCCAAGCAUUGACCUGGUAUUGCAGUACCUCCAGGACCGGUGCACCUCUCUUAUGCUGGUUCAAAAAAUAGAAUCGAAAAAGAAAAAGCAAGCCACUGGACUCUCACUUGGUGGGUGGCAAAGAAAUGCAGGAAACCUGCAAAUGAAGGCAAACUUGUUCUCCUUUCCUGCUUUCUUUCUCUGCCGUAAGUGCGAUCUCUGCCUCCCCCUGUCUGCGGCAUGCCUGAAUGAAGCCCAGACCGACCGACCAAAAACAUUCCUUGCAAUUAUUGACACUUGUAGCAAUGUUUGGUAACUUAUUUCAUUUGGAUAGCGUGUCCGAUUUGUUAUUAUCUAUCAUGUGCUUUGUGUGCACCAUUCAAUUCUGUUCACCUGAUCCAAUGUAUUCAUUGUUGUCAUAUAAAUCUGUGUAAUCACUUCAUAGAAUAAAUAAAUGUGCCAAGUAUAUCCAUUGGGAAGCCAGAGUAUUUCUAUCCAGGUGGACUCGGCUGGCUGGCUGGCUGCAUUAUCAAUGUUGAAAAGUGGGCGGUAUUAUGCAAAUCUGCUGCAGCCUGCAGCAUGCUGGUCUUUGAAAUUACAGCACUAAUAUUUUGGAGGGAAAUUGGAGCAACAUCCAAGUAACCAAUUAAGGGUUUAAUUAAUUGAAUCAUUGAGUGAGUGAGCAACCAGCAGGUGCUUAAUUGCUUGCUCUAUCUACCCUACUUGCAGCUGAAGAGGAACAGACCAGGUGAUCCAGCAGCCUCGUCAGGCUCAUCAGUGGUAGCAGCUGGAGAGAGAGGUGCAAGGUAUGUCUGUAGGGGAGCAUAUAGAGGAAUGGACAAGGUUAAGAAGGGGAGCUGUGUUUCCAGGGCUCAGAGGUUGUGUGCUCUGUGACUGACUGUGUCUCUGUUGCUAUCUGUAGCCAGCUUACACCUAGGACGAGGAAGAGGUGGUGCUGUGCCCAAGGCUCACCGCAAGCUGAAGAAGCCCAUGCGAAUGGCAGGUGAGUAGCUGGGCGCCCAUUCUGGUUAUCGCUUCUCUGCCUUUUGGCUAAGAUAAAGUUUAUUCUUGUCUAGUCAGGAGGCCCCAGAGGAUCGGCAACGCUAGCCCCUCGGCCUUCCGGGCUGUGUUCUCCCAGUGAGGAUACGGUCUGGAUGCUGCUAUUGGGGGGCGAUCCGCGCUGACUCUGGGAACGGGAAGCGAUCGAUGAUGGAGAGAGGUGGCCCCUCGUAUCCGAAGACAGUGAGGCUGUUGGUGGCAGAGGAGAGAAGGAGUGAAGUUGGUCUUUACACCGUACUGAAGGAGAUUUUGGAUGGUCUGCUGAAGGUACCUCGGGAAUGGUUAUUUAGUGUACAAGACUUCCAGACCCGGGGUAUGUAUGACAUUACAUUCUCUGAUCAGAAUUACGUAACUACGGUGAUGGAAAGGUUGAAAGAGAAUGAAGGUAAUGCUUUGUUGUCAGGUAUGACAUUUUUGCCAUAUAUACCUGUCUCUCGGGUUCCGCUUGUGGUCCACAUGUACAAUCCGUUUAUUAGCGACGAUGAAAUUUCAGUUUUUUUAAGCAGGUAUUGUGUGCAGGUAUCCAAACCUGUUAAACGGGUCAAUCAAUUUGGAAUCUACAACAGAAACAAAUUAUUUUUGUUCUUCGUCCAGACGCAUCGGAGGUGAGUGGUGAGAGACACCCCCCACAACAUUUUUCUCUUGGGGGUAAUCGGGGAUAUCUAUUCUAUCCUGGUCAACCGAUGUACUGUAGAAACGGUUUUCAGUUCGGGCAUGUAAAUAAAGAUUGUAAAAAGGGCAUGUGCUGUAGAAACUGUUUUGGGGAAGGGCAUACAGCCUUUGAGUGCUCAGAAAAGCGGAAGUGUGAUCUAUGCGGCUCAAAAGAACAUAUGGCCAAGUUCUGCCUAAAUUUGCUGGUAGGUACUCCCCGGGCAGUGGAUGCAGCAGACCCGGAACAGAAGGAAGCAGUACUGGAGGAUGCAGGUAAGAAGACUAUUAAAGCACCUAGGAUAGCAUUCAUCCCAUCGUAUUGGAACGCAAUUACGUUCUUUAGCAGAACAUGAAGAACGACAUGCUAAAAUUAUGUGUGAGGAUUUAAAAAAGAGAGCAGAGAAAGAAGAAGCCCAGAGUGCAGCUGAAGUGAUGGAAUGUAGUGCGUCGAAUUCUGCUAUAGAACAGGAAACUAGUCCAAUUUCAGCUGGUGUAGCGAGUGAUUUGGAAGCAAAAGACGUCCCGCAGUUGAAAAGAUUAAAGAGAAAAAGUAAAGAUGUUUUGUCUAGAGAAUUCGCAAGUAUUUUAAUGGAAUCCUCUCCAGAGCCUGGGGAGAGAUCAGAGUCGGAAACAUCAGGACCUGUUUAUCCUGUCUUUGACGUUCAGGCCGUGUCAAGACUGUUUGACAUCUCUGGUUUCUCUCGGGAUCUUGAGACAAAUGAGUCAGAUGAAGGGACAUGAAGUGAUGAGGGUUAAAUACCUCUGAUUCAUGUUUAAAGUUGCCUCUCAAUGUAAGGAGUCUAAAAUCAAAUGUCAGGAGAGCGGCGAUUUUUGAUUUCAUUUGUAAAAUUAACUUUCAUAUCAUGUCUACAAGAAUGUCAUCUGCAGGAUAAGUCAACUGGUACAAAAUGGGAUUUGGGUUUAUCUUUUUAUUCUUUUGGUGUUGGGAAACAUAUUGGUGUAGCUAUAUUAUUUAGGGGUUGGGAAUAUGAUAUUUUGAAGGUGUUAGAAUUGGUAUCAGGGAGAGUUUUACGGAUUUAUUUUUUGUUUAGAGGUAUUUUAUGUAGGAUAUUAAAUGUUUAUGCACCAGUGGAUAAAAGAGAAUGUAUGUGUUUGAAUGUUUAGGGAUGAAUUUACCAGGGAGGGAAUUAACUAUUUUGUGUGGGGAUUUUAACUGUAUACUAAGAAGGGAGGAUAGGAUGGGCGUUGGUGAUGGGUAUAAGUUAGAUAGUACGGGGCGGUUUUUGAAUAAUUUAGUUAAGGAUUUUGGUUUAAUGGAUGCGGUGGAGGUUAUUGGGAAUUAUGAUAAGUUUACUUUUUAUAGCGAUAAGGGCACUGUAAGAUCUCGCAUUGAUUUCUGUUUAGUUUCACAGGGGGUGAAGCUAGAGUCUUUUCGCACACAAAGGGUGGCUUUUUCGGAUCAUGUGCUUUUGGAAUGUGAGGUAAGAAUGAAUGUGAAAAUGGAAUAUGGGAGAAGUAGUUGGAAGUUAAAUGUGAGUACGCUAAUGGACGAAGGAGUGAGAUUGGAGUAUGGUAAGCAGUAUGAAUGUUGGAGUAAAUGCAAAGUAAAAUUUGAUAGUGUAUUAGGAUGGUGGGAAUGGGUGAAGGAAAAAACAAGUAUUUUUUUAUGAGGAAAAGUUGGAAGAAAGCUCGUAUGGAGAGAGAAGUUUGGGAAGAUUGGAGGAAAAGAAUUGACUACUUGUGUAAAUUGAAAGAAUUAGGUUGGGAUGUAGAAAUUGAACUGGAAGAAGCAAGAGAAAUUAGGCAUAAAUGGUUGGAGGAAAAGGGUAGAAAGAUUGUGUUUUGCAGCGAAAUUGAAUGUUUUGGAGAAUGAUGAGAAGUGUACGAGAUUUUUUAAAGAAAGCGUAUGAUUGUAGAAAAGGAAUGGAAGGAGUAUUAAAUGAACAUGGUGUGGUGUUGUAUGAUAAAAAUAUGAUCUUGAAUGAGGUUAAACAAUUUUAUGAAAAUUUAUAUCAAGACAAAAGGCGUGAUGAGUGUUUGGAAAAGGAGAUGUUUGAUAAACUUAAGAAUGGUGUGAGUAAGGAGGAUGUUAGCUGGUUAGUGAGGGAAUUAAAUAAGAAGGAGUUGUAUGACACGGUUACUGAAUUUAAAUUGAAUAAAAUGCCUGGGAGUGAUGGUUUGCCUGUGGAAUUUUAUAGAAUGUGUUGGGAGAUUAUUGGGGAUGAUUUUUUUGAUGUUUGUAAAUAUGUGUUGGAAAAAGGUGUGAUGUCUGAUUCGAUGAAGGGCGUGAUUGUUUUGAUUUUUAAGAAAGGUGAUAAGUAUGAUGUGGGUAAUUGGUGGCCUAUUACGUUGCUGAAUGUUGACUAUAAGAUUGUUGCAAAGAUGAUUGCUAAUAGAAUUAAAAGAGUGAUUGAAAGUAUGGUAGGUGAGGAGCAAGUUUGUGCAGUGCCUGGCAGACAAAUUGCGGAAAGUCUGAUUGGUGUGAGAGACGUGUUAUGGUUUUGUAAAGAAAGAAAGAUAGAGGUAGCGAUUGCAACGAUUGAUUUUGAGAAAGCGUAUGAUAUGGUAGCGCAUGAAUUUGUUUCGUGUUUUAGAGAGAAUGGGAUUGCCUGGGAAAAUGAUAAAUUGGAUAAAAUGUAUGUAUAGAGAGAUUGAAAGUGUUGUGCAAGUGGUUUACUGAAAGCUUUAAAGUGUGUUAUGGGGUUAGACAGGGUUGUCCUUUAUCCCCUAUUAUUUUUAUCUGUGUUAUUGAACCUUUGUUGCGUAAUUUAAUGAAUGAGAAGAUUGUGAAAGGAGUUGAGAUUACUGGGAGCAGUGGAAGGUGUAUGAAAGUAAUUGGAUAUAUGGAUGAUGUCACGGUUAUAUGUAGAUCACAAGCGGGAUUGAGGAGGGUGAAAUUGAUAGUGGAAUUUUUUUGUAUGGCAAGUGGAUUUCGAGUUAAUUGGGAUAAAUGUAAGUGUAAGGCGUUUGGUGCAUGGAGAGAAUUGGAGUUAUGUGGAUGGCCGAUUGCUGAAUAUGAGAUUGAGGUCUUGGGAGUAAAGUUUGAGGAUCUGAAAGGGAAAGAAAGUUGGAAGAAAGUAGUGAAUAGAGUGAAUCAAAAGAUUGAAAUGUGGAAUGAUAGGAAUUUGUCUUUUGUAGGUAAAGUAUUGAUAAUCAGGCCUCACUUCACAAUCAACUCAGUGAAGACUGCAUUUACCAUCCUGCAGAAACACCCAUCACUCUCAGGCCUCACUUCACAAUCAACUCAGUGAAGACUGCAUUUACCAUCCUGCAGAAACACCCAUCACUCUCAGGUACUGACUGAAGCUUGGAAGAUACUCCACCUCCUGUAUUACUGGAUUGCUACAAAAUUCUCAUGUGUUACUAUAGAGUUGUUACAAUUGAUACCUGUAGUUUGCCACUGUAAUGUUAUGUGCAUGCAGUGUGUACCACUGUCAUUUAAUGUUUGUGACCAAUAUUUCAUGUAGACAGUUAUUAAUAUUUUGGGUGAUAGAAUUUGAUUGCUAAACUUUUCAAUAGUCUAUAACACAUGUCUACUCUGCCCCCCCCCUCCCCCUCUCACACUCUCCUUUUCCCCUCCCCAGUCGUAAAUACCUUCAUAUGACUGUUCUAUCUCUAUUCCUCAGGCCUCACUUCACAAUCAACUCAGUGAAGACUGCAUUUUUUUCUCCCCACUUCCCACCCACCCAGGCUCCCCUUAAAUAUAUAGCAUGCUCCUCCAGCAGUUUGAGAUUCUCACCCAAUUACCUCUUCAUUCCCCUAACAUCUUAACAAUAGCUGCUUCUCUGUUAACUCUUUCAGCCAUCACCUCCAAACUUCCCCUGCUACCUCUUGUCUCAAAUCCCCCUGGUAUCCUUUUAGAUUGUAAACUCACGGGCCAUCUAGCUAAGCACUUUGUAUAAAAGAGCUCCAAUGGCUAGAUAUCAGCUUACGGGCAGGGCUCUCUUACCUCUUGUAUUUGUUUGUGUAUAUUGUACGUUUCUCAACUAAUUGUACAGCGCUGCGGAAUCUGUGUGCGCUUUAUAAAUAGCAAUAAUAAUAAUAAAUAAUAAAAGCUGUCUUGAUCCCUAUUAUAUUGUAUUUGAGUUUUGUUUUCCCCCCGGAUGAUAGGAGUUUGAGGAGAUUGAUUAGGAUAAUCUUUAUUUUUUUGGAGUAGCCGCAUGGAAAGAUUGAGUAGAGAGAAAGUGGUGAAAAUACGAGAGAAUGGGGGUAUGAAUGUUCCGGAUGUUGAAAAUUUUUUAAUGGUGCCUUAUGUAAGAAUGUGUGUUAAGAUUUGUAAAAAGGACUGUUUGAUAGCAUGUAUGUUGAAAUAUGGAGCUGGGAUGUGUUUGAGGAGGUAUGGUCUGCAUGAAUUUGAUCAAAUGAAACCUUUGUGUUUUAAUACUCCGUUUUUUUAUAAAUAAUAUACAUAAAAUUGUCUGACUACGAGAGAGACAGUAUGGAAGAAGAUAAGUGAGAACAGAGAUGUGUCCGAGGGAAGGGUGUGGUGCUAGAGAGAAUGUGGUGCAUGUUUUUUGGAAUUGUUGUUUUGUGAGAAGUAUUGAAAAGAUUGUUGAAAUUGUUAAUAGGUUUGACUGGGAUUUCUGUAUUUUCGUUUGAUGUGUUAUUUGGUAUGUGUUCAAUAGAGAAGCAAAAAGAAAGAUUGUUGUGGACUAUUAUGGCUUGUAUAAAAGACGUUGUGGGAUGUUCGUAAUUUGUUAGUUUUUAGACAUGAAUGUAUUACAGUGGAUGCAUGUGUACGAAUGGUAAGAGGGAAGAUAUAUUUGUAUUAUUUGAGGGAUGUUCGGAAACAUGGUGAAAUGGAUUCUGAAGGUGUAUGGAAGACGAAAAAGUGGAAGAAAUGGUGCACGUAAACACUGGGUUUGGUGAUGGGUUUUGUUUCUAUUAAUGAUAAAAAAAAUAGGGUUGACUUUUCUUUUAUGUAAAUAAUAUAAAUAUUUUGUAUUUUUUCUUUAGGUGGAAAAGAUAAUCUCUUUGGUGGGUGGAAGGGUAAUGAAAGAAAUAUGGUGGGUAUUGGUAAGGUAGGGUGGUGGGUUGUGUGGUUAAUAUUUGUAUGAAAAAUUGUGUAAAUUUUGAGAAAAGAAAAAGAAAUGUAUAAUGUUAUGUUGGGGGUAAGUAUGAAUGGAUGGAUGAAUGUGUACUAUGAGGUUGGGGUAAGUAAUUUGCUGUGCCGCUUGUGGGGUGGUGGGUAUUUUGCUGUGGUUUGGGGGGAAGGUGGUGGGGUUUGCUGUGUUAUUGCUGUGAUGUAAAUAUUAUAAAAUUUUAAUUGAAAAGAAUCAUGAGGAUGUUACUUGAGAGAUUCCUUGAAUGUCAUCUGGAGGAAAUGCUCUGUGGCUGAGUGAUUAAAAAAAAAAAAAAAAAAUCUGUUCUUAUCAGUUUAAUAUCUGAUACGUCCCCUAUCUGGGGAACAUAUAUUAAAUGGAUUUUUGGGACAGGGAGAUGGAAGAAGAGCUUGCUCUGUCCACUCCAAGCAUUGACCUGGUAUUGCAGUACCUCCAGGACCGGUGCACCUCUCUUAUGCUGGUUAAAAAAAUAGAAUUGAAAAAGAAAAAGAAAAAGCAAGCCACUGGACUCUCACUUGGUGGGUGGCAAAGAAAUGCAGGAAACCUGCAAACGAAGGCAAACUUGUUCUCCUUUCCUGCUUUCUCUGUCGUAAGUGCAUCUCUGCCUGAAUGAAUCCUUGACAAACAGCAUUCCUUUAAUUAUGGUUUGAGAUGAGCGAACCUGAACUGUAAAGUUUGGGUUUGUACCGAACAUUACAAUUUUUGGACCCCGAACCCGAGCCAGGACAUUUCAGUGACAGUUUGGGUUAGCGUUCAGUGUUGGGCGAUUUAAUGGUACAUUUUGAAAGGUGGCAGGGCAGCCAAUCAGCAAGCAUUUGACUUGUAUGCCCUUAGCCAUCACAGCCAUGCCUACUAAUGCCAUGGCUGUGAUUAGCCAAUGCAGCUUGUGUGCAGCCUAUAUAUAAGCUGGAGUCACAUGAGCUCGAAUUAGUGUAGCGAGAGCAUGCUGCAGCUGUGAGGGACAGAUAAGGAAAUAAUUCUGGUGUUGAAUCUGCAAACUACAGCGAUUAUUUUUGUGGGUGCUAUACUACAUUUUUGUACCCUGCCCUGAGCCCAGUGCCACAGAGAAAUAAGCAGUCUGUUAGGUUGGCACUUGCAACUGCAUGUGUGCCGGGCACAUUACUUUAAUCCUGUUCUGGUAGCUCAGUGGGCAACAUCUAGGCAUUUUUAAAUACUGCUGUGACAUUGCAGUUUGACAAAUUCUAAUUGUUUUGGUGCUAAAAAGUACAUUUGUGGCGUGCACUUCAUAUCAGAGUCAGAUAGAACCGUCAAAUACCGUAGUUAUAUCAUACUUUGAAAAAUUCAAAUUUCUUUGGUGCUAAAAAGUAAAUUUGGGGUGUGCACUUCAUAUCUGAGAGUCAAAUAGAACCGUCAAAUACUGUGGUUACAUCUCAGUUUGAAAAAUUCUAUUUUGUUUGUGCUAAAUAGUACAUUUGUGGCAUGCGGUGCAUUUCUUGCAGUCCAAUAAACAAUCACAGGCGAGAAAGAGGAAGUACCCCCCUACCCACCUGAGAUCCCUGUCCAUGAAUGCCAACAUGCCAGCAUUUCAAAAUUCCUGGCCUUUGAAAUGCUGUCAGUCUGGUGGAGACUGAUAGUUUCAAAAACCUGAUGGCGGUGGCUGACCCACAGUACGUGUUUCCCAGCCGCCACUACUUUUCCAGGCGAGCCAUCCCUUCCCUGCACAACCAAUUGGCGAACAAAAUCAGGUGUGCACUGCGCAACGCCAUCUGUGGCAAGGUCCACAUAACCACUGAUACGUGGACCAAUAAGCACGGGCAGUAACACUAUAUAUCCCUAACUGCACACUGGGCAAAAGUAGUGGCGGCUGAGCCGGAGGCAGAUAGCAGUUUGGCGCAUGUCCUUCCGCCAUCGAGGAUUGCAGGCCAUUUCUCUUUGCCUCCUGUUGCCUCUGCCUCCUAUUGCACCUCCUCAUCUGGUCAACCUUCACCACCAACUUCAGCAUAACCAGGCUGUUUUAAAACUCGUAUGUUUGGGGGGAAAAACCCCACACCGCACAGCAGCUGUGGACGGGCAUGGAACAACAGACCGAUGAGUGGUUGUUGCCACGAAGCCUCAAGCCCGGCCUGGUGGUGUGCGAAUGUGGCAAAAUCUCAUAGCAGCUCUGGGCGUAGCCGGUUUGACACCCAUCCCUCGCCUGGCACAUGUGCUGAAUUUGAUGGUGCAGAAAUUCCUGAAAAACUAUCCAGAUAUUUCAGAGCUGCUGCAGAAAGUGCAGGCUGUCUGUGCGCGCUUUCGGCAUUCUCACCCUGCUGCUGCUAGUCUGUCUGCGCUGCAGCGUAACUUCGGCCAUCCCGCUCACCACCUCAUAUGCAAUGUGCCCACAAGGUGGAACUCCACCUUGCACAUGCUGGAGAGACUGUGCGAGCAGCAGGGAUAGUGGGGUUUCAGCUGCAGCAUGCACGAGUCAGUCGCUCUGCACCAGACUUGCCCUCCAAUAGAUCCUCGUUAAAGGAUUUAAAGUGUACUCAUUCCAAUUACAGGGCCUCAAGAGUCCUGUAUUAUUUUUCGUCACUACCUCCCCGCGUCGGGAGUGGGUAAUUUGCGCGCCUACUGCCUUCCUUGGAUGUGGUAGCAGUUUCUCAGGCUCCCUCUCCAAAAUUGAACCCUGAUUUCCCAUUACCCGGGGUCACCAUGGUAGGCGCAGAAAGUACCAUGAAACGUUGAUAGGGCAGACAUCCGAAUGCGUCGUCACCGUCACGGUAACGUGCGAUCGGGCCGAGGUUAUCUAGAGUCACCAAAGUGCCUGUGUAAAGACUGCCGAGUUGCCCACAUUCUAACUUGUGCUGAUUACUGGGUGGCCACCCUGCUGGAUCCCCAUUACAAGGGCAAUGUGCCGCCCUUAAUUCCCUUACUGGAGCAUGAUCGGAAGAUGCGCAACUACAAGUGCACGCUGGUAGACGCGCUGCUGAGGGCCUUCCCAACUGACACCGGGGGCUCAGUGGAAGCACAAGGUGAGUGCAGAGGAGGAAGAGGUCGCCAACGCAGCUGGGGCACCACCAGCACCUCAGAAGGCAGGGUUAGCAUGGCCGAAAUGUGGAUAUGCUUUGUCAGCACACCACAACAACCAGCACCACCAGCUGAUAUAACAUCUUAGCAGGAGGCAGCAUUUCAACAACUUUGUGGAACAGUACGUGUGCACACGCCUACACGUACUGACUGAUGGGUCUGCCCCAUUCAACUUCUGGGUCUCCAAAUUGGGCACAUGACCUGAGCUUGCCCUUUAUGCCUUGGAGGUGCUGGCCUGCUCUGCAGCCAGUGUAUUGUCUGAACGCGUGUUUAGCACGGCAGGGGCAUUAUCACAGACAAGUGCAGCCGCCUGUCCACAGCCCACGUGGACAAGCUCAAUUUUAUUAAAAUGAACCAGGAAUGGCUCUCAGACUUGUCUGUACAGAAUAGACAUUUAUACCGGCCUCACCCAGCCAUUGUUAUAAUCAAGUGCACUUAUUCUUUGUUUUUGGUUUUUUUUUUAUGUCCCAAUAUUUUGAGGGCUACCCCAAUUGUUUCCAGGGCACUUGUCCUACUCUUACCCCCAUUUUACUUCCUUUUGCUGCCCUUUCCAGGACUUUUUUUAGAGCCAUUUUAGUGCCCAAAACUUCAGGUCCCCAUUGACUUCAAUGGGGUUUGGCUUCGGGGUCAAGUUUGAGUACGAACUCAAACUUUUUGCCGAAGUUUGGCCAAACCCGAACAUCCAGGUGUCCGCUCAUCUCUAAUUAUGGUAACUUGUAGGAAUGUUUGUUAACUUAUUUAAUUUGGAUAGCUUGCCUGAUUGUUAUCUAUUAUGUGCUGUGCACGAGUCAAUUCUGUUCACCUGAUCCCAUGUAUUCAUUGUUAUCAUGGAAAUCUGUGUAACCACUUCAUUGAAUAAAUGUGUCAAGUACAUUCAUUGUGAAGCCACAGUAUUUCUAUCCAGGUGAACUCUGUUGGCUAGCUAGUAGCAUGCAUUAUCAAUGUGGAAAAGUGGACGGUAUUAUGCAUGCUGGUCUUUGCAAUUACAGCACUAACGUUGGGAUGUAUUGCCCUUCUAGGAACUGAUGUGGGCAUACUUUAUUUUAUUAUGCUACUGCUGGCCCUUAAAGAACCGUCUGGGGACAUACUGUAGAGUUACUGAGUGGCCACCAUUUCAUGUAUCAUAGGCACAUGGUGAGAACAACAGAUGAAACACAUGGUGAGAACAAUGGACGGCCGACAUUUUACCUCAGACACUGUUUUGGUGUAUUUGGUGCACAAAGACAUCGUGCAGUAGUUUUAAACUAUACAACAGUUGACACAUUUAACAGUAAUUAUUUUUCAUAUAGCCUGUAUAUGUUUUGCAGAAUCGGCAUUAAACUGUAUCUUCCAAACUACUGAACGGAUCUGGGUGAAUUGUGGAUAUGUGGUUCACCCAGAUACCCCGGUUCAGAGGAUAUUAUUGCAUGUUUUGGGGUCCCUGUAAUAUGUUUUCUAAUACUGUAUUUCUCUGCCUGUGAUAAUUAUAAUAAGUGUUUUCAGUAAUCAUAUCACAGGCAGAGGGGAGGAUUUUGUGUGGGAGUGUCUGUGUGUAUUGUACUGAUUGAUUGGUUGCAUUUCAAAACCCUGUGGGCAGUACUACAUUUGUAGAAUGUGAAUAAAAGAGGCUGUAUGUGCCAGUACAGUCAGUUCUACUUCACCCUCAAUUUGGAGUGCCGUCUCUUAUGGGGGAAUCUGCUACAAGGGAUUGCUAUGCUUGUCAUAAUUCCUUGCUAAAUCACUAAUAAGCUAUUUUAAGAGCUUGUUCCUGUCCUGCUCUCUGAAGGAGGCCACGGUGGUUAUGGUGUCGGCUGGAGUGCUUGGAGCCCUCAGGAAGCGCUAGGAGCAUCCUUCGGGGUGCCAGGUAAUCCGUUACAGUUGGAAAUUUUUACAAGGAUUUAUAUACAGAAAGAGAGAGAUGCAAGUUUGAAAACUGAAGCUUUGGAAUGCAUUGAGAAUGGAGUGAGUGUAGGAGAUAGUUGGUUGAUGAGGGAUAUGACAAAGAUUGAAUUAUAGGAGACUUAAUAUUAAAUUGAAUAAAACUCCCGGUGAUGGGUUGCCUGCAGAAUUUUAUAUAAUGUUUUGGGAGAUUGUUGCAGAUUUAUUUUCAAGUGUGUAGUUUUGUUUUGAGUGUUAUGUCUGAAUCACUGAAGAAAGGAGUGAUUGUGUUGAUUUUUAAGAAAGGCGAGGCAUGAUUUGUGUAAUUGAAGGCCAAUUACAUUAUUGAAUGUUGGCUAUAAAAUUAUUGCGAAGUUGGUUGCAAACAGAAUCAAGAGGGUGAUUGAAGGUAUGGUGGGAGAGGAGCAAGUGUGUGCAAUGUCUGGUAGACAAAUUGCAGAAAGUUUGAUGAGUGCAUGAUGUUUUAUGGUUUUGUGUUGGAAAAAAAUGGAGGUAGCGAUUGCAACGAUUGAGAAAGCAUACGAUAGAGUAGCACAUGAGUUUGUUUAAAGUUUUAGAGAAAAUGGGAUUGCCAGAGAAAGUGUUGACUUAGAUAAGAUGUAGGUAUAGGGGUAUUGAGAGUAUCGUACAGGUGAAUGGAUGGAUGACUAAAAGUUUUAAAGAUCUGGGGUUAGGCAGGGUUGCCCCUUGUCACCUAUAAUUUUAUUUGAGUGAUAGAACCUUUGUUACAUAGUAGUAUGACUGAUAAGAGUGUGAGGGGGUGGAAAUUCCAGGAAGUAGGGAUAGAUGUAUGAAAGUGAUUGGCUAUAUGGAUGAUGUUACUGUGUUGUGUAGAACGCAAGCUGGAUUGAGAAGGCUAAAAUUGUUAGUGGUUUUAAAGUCAACUAGAAUAAACGUAAAUGUAAGGCGUUUGGUAUUUGGAGAGAAUUGGAAUUAAGUGGGUGGCCGGUAGGAGAAAGUAAUAUUGAAGUGUUGGGAGUGAAUUUUGGGGAUGAUUUGAAAGGAAAAGAAAGUGAGUCGAGUAAAUCAGAAGUUUGGUUUGUGGAGUAAAAGGAAUGUCAUUUAGGUUUUGAUAAUUAAAGCAGUAUUAAUCCCUAUAAUGUUCUAUUUGAGUUUUGUUUUCCCCCCAGAUAGCAGAAGUUUGAGGAAGUUGGUUCGGAUAGUUUUUUAUUUUUUUCGAGUAGAAGAAUGGAGAGAUGGAGUAGAGUGAAAGUUGUUAAGAAAAGAGUGAAUGGAGGAAUGGAUGUGCCAGAUGUUAGGAUGUGUGUGAUGAUUUGUAAAAAUGAAAGUGUAGUAGCGUGUAUGUUGAAAUAUGCAGCAGGUAUGAGUUUGAGGAGAUAUGGGUUGCAUGUGAUUGAUAGGAUGAAACCGGUGUGUUUUAACAUACCGUGGUUUUAUAAAAAGAUUGAUGUAUGUAUUAGUAAGUAUGAAUUGCAAAAUGUGGCAUGGAAGGAGUGGAAUGAAAGGAAAAAAGUUUAAAAUUUUAAAUGAGAGAGACUGUGGGAUAGAUUGAUUAAAUGAGUAAAGAUGUGUGGAAGAGAUUGGAUGGUAUAGAAAUUUUAAAUAGACAGAAAGAUGUGUGGAUGGCUGUGCAUAAUUGUUUGGCUACAAGGGAAGUACAGUACGGUAGACCUGAAAUUUGUCAGAGAGAAAGAUGUGGAUGUAGAGAAUGUUGUGCAUGUGUUUUGGAAAAAUUAUUAAAGUUGGUAGUAGGUUUGACUGGGAUUCCUGUAUUUUCUUUUGAAGUGUUAAUGUUUGGGAUGUGUCAGAUUGAGAAAAAAAGAAUGUGUGUUGUGGAUUAUUAUGGCAUGUAUUAAAGAAACAAUGUGGGAUGCAAGGAAUUUUUUGGUUUUUAGGAAGGAAGUGUCAGUGGAGGCAUGUGUAAGAAUGGUUAGAGGAAAAAUGUAUUUAUAUUAUUUAAGGGAUGUAUGGAGGAAAGGAGAGUUGGAUGCUGAGGGAGUGUGAAAGAUAACAAAAUGGAAGACAUGGUGUACGUAGAAAUGAUGUAGGUAGUGGGUAUUUUGUAGUACAUAUGAUAAUGUUACAAUAAAUUAUAAUUUGUGUGUACAGUUUAAGGAAGGGAGGGGGUUUUAAAUUUGUGAUAUUUUUUCUAUGGUUAUUAAACUUAUGUUUUUUUAGGAUAACAAUGAAGAUUAGUGUGUUAAAGUAAAGGGUUAAACAAAGAAUUCUGCGGCAUGCCUGAAUAAAGCCCGGACGGACCAAAAACAUUCCUUGAAUUAUGGACACUUGUAGCAAUGUUUGUUAACUGUUAUUUCAUUUGGAUAGCUUGUCCGAUUUGUUAUUAUCUAUCAUGUGCUGUGUGUGCACCAUUCAAUUCUGUUAACCUGAUCCAAUGUAUUCAUUGUUGUCAUAUAAAUCUGUGUAAUCACUUCAUUGACUAAAUAAAUGUGCCAAGUAUAUCCAUUGGGAAGCCAGAGUAUUUCUAUCCAGGUGGACUCUGCUGGCUGGCUGGCUGCAUUCUCAAUGUUGAAAAGUGGGCGGUAUUAUGCAAAUCUGCUGCAGCAUGCUGGUCUUUGUAAUUACAGUACUAAUGUUUUGGAGGGAAAUCGGAGCAACAUCCAAGUAACCAAUUAAGGGUUUAAUUAAUUGAAUCAUUGAGUGAGUGAGCAACCAGCAGGUGCUUAAUUGCUUGCUCUAUCUACCCUACUUGCAGCUGAAGAGGAACAGACCAGGUGAUCCAGCAGUCUCGUCAGGCUCAUCAGUGGUAGCAGCUGGAGAGAGAGAGAGGUGCAAGGUAUGUCUGGAGGGGAGCAUAUAGAGGAAUGGACAAGGUUAAGAAGGGGAGCUGUGUUUCCAGGGCUCAGAGGUUGUGUGCUCUGUGACUGACUGUGUCUCUGUUGCUAUUUGUAGCCAGCUUACACCUAGAUGAGGAAGAGGUGGGUGGCACUGUGCCCAAGGCUCACCGCAAGCUGAAGAAGCCCAGGCAAAUGGCAGGUGAGUAGCUGGGCGCCCAUUCCGGUUAUCGCUUCUCUGCCUUUUGGCUAAGAUCAGUUUACGCUGGUCUUGCCGAAAGGUUCUGCUUGUUUGGCAAUGCAAGCCCCUCGGCCUUCCGGCUAUGUCUUCUCUGUGAGGACAUAGACUGGAUGCUGCUAUUGGGGGGCGACCUGCGCCUUCAGCAGAAACGAGGAGUGAUCCCUGAGGAUGGCGUGUGGUACGCCAGCCUAUCCUAAGACAGUUCGGCUGUUUAUUUCAGAGGAGAAGAGGAAGAGGGUCGGGCUGUAUACUGUGCAGAAGGAGAUCCUGGAAGGUCUGUUAAAAGUACCUCGUGAGUGGCUAUUCUGCAUACAGGAUUUUCCUACAAGAGGGGUUUAUGAUGUUAUGCUAAUGGAGCAAGAACAGGUAACAACUAUUAUGGAGAGAAGGAGGCAGAAGGAGUCUGAUGUUCUCUUGGAAGGUAUUUCUUUCUUGCCGUAUGUACCUGUAUCCAAGAUUCCAUUAGUGGUUCAUAUGUAUAAUUCCUUCGUCUCUGAUGAAGAGAUUACUGCUUUUCUGAGCAAGUAUUGUUCAACAGUUGCCAAACCAGUGAAACUUGUGAAUUGUUUUGGGGUUUUUAAAUGGUAAGCAAAAGUUUUUUGUUACCUUAAAAACAGAUACUGCCGAAUCCAGUGGUCUUCGUCAUCCACCCCAAAAUUUCUCUAUCGGAGGCAAUAGAGGCUACCUUUUUUAUCCAGGUCAACCUAAAUUUUGCCGUAAUUGUUUCCAGUUUGGACACUUGAGUGAGGAUUGUGUGAAGGGUUUGGUAUGUAGGAACUAUUUUGGUGAAGGGCACACCACCGCUGAAUGUAAAGAAAGAAGGAAGUGUGAUUUGUGUGGUGCUGAAAGUCACAUGGCUCGAACGUGCCCAACUGUACAGAAAGAUCUUUUUGGAGUGGAUUUUGGUGCUGGUGGGACUGUAAGUGGUGAUAAGGUGUCUGGGAAGAAGCAGGCUGCCCAGAUGAAAAUUGCGUUUAUUCCUACCUUUGGGACCCAGUUAAGGUUCAGGGAGGAAUAUGAAGAGAUUCAUGCCAAAAUUAUGGCUGAGCAUUUGGCAAAAAAACGGCAAGUAGAGUGGAGGUGGAAGCUGCUGUUGCUGUAG